AUGUCGUACGGCGGCGGAUACGGUGCAGGAGGAUAUGGUGCCCCGCCCGGCGGUGGAUAUGGCGCUCCUCCCCCUCCCGGAGGAUAUGGCGGUGGACCGACAUACGGUGGAGGUUUCGCCCCUCCGGGUGGAGCUCGUGGUCCCCCUGCCGGCGCUGAUCCGCAGUUGUGGAACUGGUUCUCAACGGUGGACACGGAUCGAUCUGGAGCGAUUACUGCAUCGGAGCUUGAGCGCGCUCUAAUCAAUGGCGAUUGGACUCCUUUCGAUCUUGACACCGUCAAACUAUUGAUGACGAUUUUCGACACUGAUCGGAGUGGUACCAUUGGAUUCAAUGAGUUUUCGGGUCUUUGGAAGUACAUCAAGGACUGGCAAAACGUCUUCAGGCACUUCGACCGCGAUCGCUCCGGAUCCAUCGAUGGCGCCGAGCUACGCGAUGCCCUCGCCCAAUUCGGGUACAACCUCUCCCCGCAGCUACUCGACCUUCUCCAGAAGAAAUAUGACGUCAAAGCUAACCAAGCAGCUGGUCGCGGUGCCCCAGCUCCUGGAAUCUCGUUCGACCGCUUCGUGCGCGCGUGUGUCGUUGUCAAGCAGCUCAGCGAGGCGUUUGGCCGCCUCGAUACCGACCGCGAUGGUUGGAUCCAGAUCAAUUACGAUCAGUUCAUGCAUACGGUCUUGAGCUUGCCGUGA